AUGUUUUUCAUUUCUUUGUUUUGUCAACUUAUUUCUUCUUUCUUUCUUUCUUUCUUUCUUUCUUUCUUUCUUUCUUUCUUUCUUUCAUUUAUUCCUUCCGUCUUUCCUUCUAUCUUUCCUUCUUUCUUUCCUUCUUUUUUCCUUUUCAGCCAUCUUUUUAUGAUUUCAUCGUCCAUUCUUUUUCCUUAUUUCUUUUUUCCUUUCAUUCUUUCCAUCUACUAUUUUCUUUCUGUUUUUAUCUUUCUUUCUUUCUUUCUUUCUUUUUUUCUACCAUCGCUUUUCAUUUAUCUUUUUCUUUUACCUACCGUUUUUAUUUAUUUAUUUAUUCUUUCUUUCUUUCUUUCUUUCUUUCUUUCUUUCUUUCUUUCCUCUCUCUCUUUCUACCAUCGCUUUUCAUUUAACUUUUUCUUUUACCUACCGUUUUCAUUCAUUCUUUAUUUUCUUUCUUUUCCCUUUCUUUCUUUCUUUCUUUCUUUCUUUCUUUCUUUCUUUCUUUCUUUCUUUCUACCAUCGGUUUUCAUUUAUCUUUUUCUUUUACCUACCGCUUUCAUUCAUUCCUUCUUUCUUUCUUUAUUUUCUUGUAACAUUUCUUUUCAUCUUCAUCUAUCUUGCCUCCCUACCGUUUUCUUUUUCUUUUUUCUACCCUCUAUCUCUAUUUAUUAUUUCUUUAUCUUGCAUACUUACCGUUUUCUUUCGUUCUUUCUUUCAUUUCCAUUUCUACUUUUUCUGUAUUUCUUUCUUUCUUUCUCCCCUCGAUUUCCAUUUCUUCUUUUUCUUUUACUUAUCGUUUUCUUUUUCUUCCUUUCUUUUUCUUUCUUUCCUUCUUUCUUUUUUCGUUCUUUCUUUCGUUCUUUCUUUCUUUCUUUCUUUUUUCGUUCUUUCUUUCUUUCUUUUUUCGUUCUUUCUUUCUUUCUUUCUUUCUUUCUUUCUUUCUUUCUUUCUUUCUUUCCUCGAUUCCAUUUCGUUCUUUCUUUCUUUCUUUCUUUCUUUCUUUCUUUCUUUCUUUCUUUCCUCGAUUCCAUUUCGUUCUUUCUUUCUUUCUUUCUUUCUUUCUUUCUUUCUUUCUUUCUUUCUUUCUUUCUUUCUUUCUUUCCUCGAUUCCAUUUCGUUCUUUAUCUUUUACUUAUCGUUUUCUUUCUUUCUUUCUUUAUUUUUUCUUCCUUCCUUCCUUUCUUUCUUUCUUUCUUUCUAGCAUCUCUUAUCAUUUAUUUUUUCUUUAUCAGCAUACCUAUGCAUAUACUGAAUAAAAAUAAACAUAAGUCAAUACACCAAAUUAGCACAUAG